UCCUAUCUUCAGCAAAAAACUAAAAACAUUCAAAAUGUUCAAAUUGAUCGCUGCCUGCUUCCUUGCUAUCUUCGCUGUUGCCUUCGGUGCUGCUAAGCCCGGUCUCUUGGCUGCCCCAGCUGCCCUUGCCUACACCGCCCCAGUGGCUUACACCGCCGGUUAUGCGCCCUACAUUGCUCCUUACGCCAGCAGCUACUCAGCUCAUUCAAUUGCUCACUCCGCUGCCUUCCCAGCUGCCUAUGCUGCCGCUCCAGUUGUCGCUGCUGCACCAUUUGUUGCUGCUCCUGCGCCCGCUGUUGCAGUGCUGAAAAAAUGA